UUCCGGUUCCGGGAGCAACGAACGGCCGCGGCGGCGACAGCUACCGCUGGGGAGGAAGCGACUGCGGAGGAGGAAGAAGAGGCGCUGGGCAAGGCGGGAGUUGCCAGCGGGACCUUCACCAUGGCUCCACGGCCCUAGAGCGGCGGGCGCGCCGGGCCCGGUGCCGAGCUGGCCACUGCUCCUCCCUUUGGCCCCAUGGCUGAGGAUUGGCUGGACUGCCCAGCCUUGGGCCCUGGCUGGAAGCGCCGUGAGGUCUUCCGAAAGUCUGGUGCUACCUGUGGACGCUCAGACACCUAUUACCAGAGCCCCACAGGAGACAGGAUCCGAAGCAAAGUCGAGCUCACCCGUUACCUGGGCCCUGCGUGCGACCUGACCCUCUUUGACUUCAAACAAGGCAUCCUGUGCCAUCCUGUCCCCAAGGCUCAAUCCGUGGCUGUCCCUAGCAAGAAGCAAAAGAAAGCUUCAAAGCCAGCCAAGGCUCAGAAACGGCAGGUUGUAUCCCAGAAGAAAGAAGUUAGAAAGGAAACCCCAAGAGAUGAGGCCAAGACUGAUACUGUCACAGCCCCAGCUCUGCUCCCUGGACCUGGGUGCUGUGAGAACUGUGGGAUCAGCUUCUCAUGGGAUGGUACCCGAAGGCAGAGGCUUAAAACGCUGUGCAAGGACUGCCGAGCACAGAGAAUUGCUUUUAACCGGGAGCAGAGGAUGUUCAAGCGUGUGGGCUGCGGGCAGUGUUCAGCCUGCCAGGUAACUGAGGACUGCGGGGCCUGCUCCACCUGCCUUCUGCAGCUGCCCCAUGAUGUGGCCUCGGGGCUGUUCUGCAAGUGUGAGCGGAGACGCUGCCUCCGGAUUGUGGAGAAGAGCCGAGGAUGUGGAGUGUGUCGUGGCUGUCAGACCCGAGAGGACUGUGGCCGUUGCCGAAUCUGCCUUCGCCCUCCACGGCCUGGUCUCAGGCGCCAGUGGCGGUGCGUCCAGCGGCGUUGUCUCCGGCACCUUGCACACCGUCUUCGUCGACGUCAUCAGAGAUGUCAGCGACGUCCUCCCCUCCCCGUGGCUCCCCCAGCUGGGAAGCAUGGCCGCCGCAAAGGAGGCUGCGACUCUAAGAUGACUACCCGGCGGCGCCCUCGAGCCCAGCCACCUCCACCGCCACGUCCACUUCCUGCACUGCAGCCCCCAGGGUCCCCAGAGCUGCACCCCAGAGCCCUGGCCCCCUCGUCACCUGCCGAGUUCAUCUAUUACUGUGUAGACGAGGACGAGCUACAACCUUACACGAAUCGCCGACAGAACCGCAAGUGUGGGGCCUGUGCAGCCUGCUUACGGCGGAUGGACUGUGGCCACUGCGACUUCUGCUGCGACAAGCCCAAAUUCGGGGGCAGCAACCAGAAGCGCCAGAAGUGUCGUUGGCGCCAGUGCCUGCAGUUCGCCAUGAAGCGGCUGCUGCCGAGUGUGUGGGCAGAGCCAGAGGAUGGGGUCGAGCCACCCCUGGCUACCCCCCGUCGAAAGAGGCCUGGCUCCAGUCGGUGCACGCGUCCAGUCCCGGCAGUGAAAACCCCCUUGGCCAGGUCCACGGCCCACAACAACUGCUCACAGACGCCGAUGAAGCAGGAGGCGGGCGCUGACUUCGUGCUGCCCCCGCCAGGCACCGACCUUGUGUUCCUACGGGAGGGGGCGAGCAGCCCCGUGCAGGUGCCUGGCCCCGCCCCAGCUGCUGCAGGAGCUCUGUUACAGGAGGCACACUGUCCUGGCCUGAGCUGGGUUGUGGCCUUACCUCAGGUGAAGCAAGAGAAGGCGGAUGCCCAGGAAGACUGGACACCGGGCACAACCGUCCUGACUUCUCCUGUGUUGCUGCCCGGCUGCCCCAGCAAGGCAGUGGACCCAGGCCUGCCAGCUGUGAAGCAGGAGCCGCCUGACCCCGAGGAAGACAAGGGGAGCAAGGAUGACUCGGCCUCUGACUCGGCUCCAGAGGAGGAGGCAGGAGGGGCUGGCACGCCUGUGAUCACGGAGAUUUUCAGCCUGGGUGGAACGCGCCUUCGGGACACAGCAGUCUGGUUGCCAAGUCUGCAGGGCAGGCACUCGAGGAAGAAAGGUGCACGUAAAGUAUGGGAGACCACGGACAAAUUGGUGCCCACAAGCAGGAGUUGGAGCCCACAAGGAUGGCCUGGAACCCAUGUCCGCCUCUCAUCACCUCCAGCUUCGAUGAUGUGGGUGUCCUGCAGAAGAAGCUGGUGCCCUUCAUCACAGAUUUAAAUGCGCUUCUGGCCCAGGACUUAGAGAAGCUGCAAGAAGAUCCCAGGGGAAGGUGGAGCAGCUGCAGGCCUGGCUGCAGGCCUGACUGCUGCCCCACACCAACGAGGUGAGCCAGCAGAUAAAUGACAACAUGUGUGAACUGCAACAGUGCCUGGUGCCGCUGCACCUGCCUUCUUGAGUGUAAAAACAGUACACAGCUGCUUCUCUUCUGUCCUCCAAUUAUCACGCAAACGUGACCCGUCCUAACCGGAAGCUUUGGGGAAGGGAGUCCUGGGAAAUGUAGCCUAGUCAAGGUGACAUUACAAAGCCACCCUGCCAUGAAUCAACUCCCAAGGGUCCCACUACUCACCUGAGGAUAACUUGGUAAAGCUACGUUGCUGAAAAUGCAAAGCUGAAGACCAUGGAUUUCAUGGUGACCCCAGCAAGUACAGGAGUUCUAUCAAGCCCACCCAGAAAAAAACUUGCUGGUCUCGGCUAUUUUUGUGUCAUGCAUCAAGUAUUGGGAAUUUGGCCCAUGGUAGGCACUGUAAAUACUGGGAUACAGGAACAAAAAGAUAUAGUCCAUGCAAAUUUAUUAAAUGCAUCAUUAUGUAUUACAAAUGGUGAAUGGAUUUCCAACUUUGUCAUGGAAUUUAAUGGUGAAAAAUAUAGAAUUCGGGAAACUGGAGGACAGCCCUUGUGUGAACCUUGUUGGGGCACGAUAGGUAUUGGAAAUGACAUAGUUUCUUGCUCUAAGCUGUUAUAUUUUAAAACUAUUUUUAAAUGAU